CUGACGUUUUGAAAUUCAGUGCGGAGGAAAAGUGCUAUCGUGAAGGUUGGAGUUCGUCGGUCAAGAAAGCUUCUCUUACAUAUAUUAUUUAUAUUGUUUCACGGGGGAAGCAAUAUGGCUUCGGGCGGAGAAUCCAAAAAUGAUGAUCUUUCUACUGCCAUUUUGAAACAAAAGAACAGACCUAACAGGUUGAUUGUUGAUGAAUCCAUCAAUGAAGAUAACAGUGUGGUCUCCCUCUCUCAGGCCAAGAUGGAUGAGCUUCAGCUUUUCAGGGGGGACACUGUGCUUUUGAAGGGCAAAAAAAGGAGGGAGACGGUUUGUAUCGUACUGUCCGAUGACACCUGCUCUGAUGAGAAGGUGCGCAUGAACAGGGUAGUCCGCAACAACCUGAGGGUACGCCUUGGUGAUGUCAUCAGCAUUCAGCCAUGCCCAGAUGUGAAGUAUGGGAAACGCAUCCACGUUCUGCCCAUUGAUGACACGGUGGAAGGGAUCACUGGCAAUUUAUUUGAGGUUUACCUCAAGCCAUACUUUCUUGAAGCUUACAGGCCUAUUCGCAAAGGUGAUAUCUUUCUUGUGAGGGGAGGCAUGCGUGCUGUGGAAUUUAAGGUGGUGGAAACUGACCCCAGCCCUUACUGCAUAGUGGCUCCAGACACGGUCAUUCACUGCGAAGGGGAACCUAUCAAACGUGAGGAUGAGGAGGAAUCUCUGAAUGAGGUUGGCUACGACGAUAUCGGAGGUGUCCGGAAACAGCUGGCCCAGAUUAAAGAAAUGGUUGAGCUUCCACUCAGGCAUCCAGCACUCUUUAAGGCCAUUGGUGUGAAGCCGCCUCGUGGCAUUCUGUUGUAUGGUCCCCCUGGAACUGGAAAAACUCUCAUUGCCCGUGCUGUUGCAAAUGAAACUGGAGCAUUCUUUUUCCUCAUCAACGGUCCGGAAAUCAUGAGUAAACUGGCUGGUGAGUCUGAGAGCAACCUGCGUAAGGCUUUUGAAGAAGCUGAGAAGAAUGCCCCUGCCAUCAUCUUCAUUGAUGAACUGGAUGCUAUCGCUCCCAAGAGAGAGAAGACACACGGAGAAGUGGAGAGGCGCAUCGUCUCUCAGCUACUCACCCUGAUGGACGGCUUGAAGCAAAGGGCUCACGUCAUCGUCAUGGCAGCCACUAACAGACCCAACAGCAUUGACCCAGCUCUAAGGCGAUUUGGACGCUUUGACAGAGAGGUGGACAUCGGUAUUCCCGAUGCAACUGGUAGACUGGAGAUCCUGCAGAUUCACACCAAGAACAUGAAACUGGCUGACGAUGUGGAUCUAGAGCAGGUUGCCAAUGAGACCCAUGGCCAUGUGGGUGCUGAUCUUGCAGCUCUGUGCUCAGAGGCUGCGCUGCAGGCCAUCCGUAAGAAGAUGGACCUCAUUGACCUGGAGGAUGAGACAAUCGAUGCAGAGGUCAUGAACUCCCUGGCUGUCACCAUGGAUGACUUCAGGUGGGCCUUAAGCCAGAGCAACCCCUCUGCUCUACGUGAAACUGUGGUUGAAGUGCCCAACAUCACCUGGGAGGACAUUGGUGGUCUUGAUGAUGUCAAAAGGGAGCUGCAGGAGCUUGUGCAGUACCCAGUGGAGCAUCCAGACAAAUUCCUGAAGUUUGGCAUGACCCCAUCUAAGGGUGUGCUCUUCUAUGGACCACCAGGGUGUGGUAAAACUCUCCUGGCCAAGGCCAUUGCCAAUGAGUGCCAGGCCAACUUCAUCUCUAUCAAAGGCCCAGAACUGCUCACCAUGUGGUUUGGAGAGUCUGAGGCCAAUGUCCGUGAGAUUUUUGAUAAGGCACGUCAAGCUGCUCCCUGUGUGCUCUUCUUCGAUGAGUUGGACUCUAUCGCCAAGGCCCGUGGUGGGAGUGUUGGUGAUGGGGGUGGAGCCGCUGACCGUGUCAUCAACCAGAUCCUUACCGAGAUGGAUGGCAUGUCCAGCAAGAAGAAUGUCUUCAUCAUUGGCGCCACCAAUAGGCCAGAUAUUAUUGACCCCGCGAUUCUCCGGCCUGGCCGUUUGGACCAACUCAUCUACAUCCCACUGCCAGACGAGAAGUCUCGUAUGGCUAUCCUGAAGGCCAACCUCAGGAAAUCCCCUAUUGCAAAGGAUGUGGACCUAGACUUCCUGGCCAAGAUGACCAAUGGUUUUUCUGGGGCUGACUUGACCGAGAUUUGCCAGAGGGCCUGUAAACUAGCUAUCCGUGAGUCCAUUGAGAACGAGAUUAGGAGGGAACGCGAGAGGCAGACCAACCCCUCAGCAAUGGAGGUGGAGGAGGAUGACCCUGUGCCUGAGAUCAGGAAGGACCACUUUGAGGAGGCAAUGCGUUUUGCCCGCCGCUCCGUCAGUGACAAUGACAUCCGCAAAUAUGAGAUGUUUGCACAGACCCUGCAGCAAAGCAGAGGCUUUGGAAGCUUCAGAUUCCCCUCCAGUAACCAAGGAGGAAGUGGACCAAGCCAGGGCUCUGCUGGUGGCAGUGGAGGAAACGUCUUCAAUGAGGACAAUGAUGACGACCUUUAUGGAUAAAUGUGACUACGUGGAUGAUCUACCCAAUACAGGCCACCAUGUACAAAAAAUUCAACCAAUGAAAAUUCCACAUUUUUAGGACUCUGUGCUUUUGAUGUUUGUUUUUCCUUUUUUUCCUUUCUUUUUAUUAUAUCCCCUUUCCUCCCCCUGUUGGAGAAAAGCAUGUAGCUGCUUGUAUUUUGCUCCAGUUUGUGAAAGGAUGCCUCUUGCAGAGCAUUUGAUUUUGAUGUAAAGUGGUUGGGGGCACAUUUAAGUGAAUAAAUACACAGUAGAGUGGCUUCAUUCUUAACUUUUCACAACCUUGACAAGCAGCUUUAGUGGUGGGAUUUAAUGCUAGCCUGUUGAAAGAAUAAAAAAGAAAAUGAAAAAAAUAUUGCUAAUUGCAUCAUUUUUUAUGAAUGUAGCAUAUAAUGUAUUACAAGUUUGAAAAAUGUAAAAAAAAAAAAUAUAAAAUAAAGUUUAAAAAAUGGGCCCAACUUCA